GCAAAAUGAGUGGGCUACCGGGCGCCGGGACCAGCCCAGGCCUGGGAGAGGCCUCCGACCUUAAGUUCCCUCUGGGCGCCAAGUUCAGGGAACCUCUCACCGAGGCUCGGUUCCAGCGGCUCUUCGGAGACGCAGAGCAGGCGCCGGAGCUACUCGCGGAGCCUCGCUCGUCCCGACUGUGCAGACGGUGGAGGCGGUUGGCCAGCGCUUGCUCCGGGCCGGGGGCGUGGCGCCUGCUGCGGGCGCGGCUGCCCCCGCUGCGUUGGCUGCCCCACUACCGCUGGCGGGCCUGGCUGCUCGGGGAUGCCGUGGCCGGGGUGACCGUGGGCAUCGUGCACGUGCCCCAGGGCAUGGCUUUUGCCCUCCUGACCUCAGUGCCUCCAGUGUUCGGACUCUACACUUCUUUCUUCCCUGUCCUCAUUUACACCUUGUUGGGGACUGGUAGACACCUGUCCACAGGAACUUUCGCGGUACUCAGCCUCAUGACAGGCUCGGCGGUGGAACGGCUGGUGCCCGAACCCCUCGGGGGGAACCUGAGCGGAAUCGAAAGGGAACAGUUGGACGCUCAGCGGGUUGGGUCGGCUGCAGCUUUGGCCUUCGGUAGCGGGGCGCUGAUGCUGGGCAUGUUCGCGCUGCAGCUCGGCGUCCUGUCCACCUUUUUGUCGGAGCCGGUGGUCAAAGCGCUGACCAGCGGGGCCGCGCUGCACGUGCUCGUGUCCCAGCUGCCGAGCCUUUUGGGGUUGCCCCUCCCGCGACAGAUUGGCUGCUUCUCUCUCUUCAAGACGCUGGCCGCUGUGCUGACCGCGCUGCCCCGGAGCAGUCCGGCCGAACUGACCAUCUCGGCACUCAGCCUGGCGCUGCUCGUGCCGGUCAAAGAAUUGAACGUGAGAUUCCGAGACAAGCUACCCACCCCGAUCCCGGGGGAAAUCGUUAUGGUGCUUCUGGCCUCUGUGCUGUGCUUCACCUCUUCCCUGGACACAAGAUACAACAUCCAGAUUGUGGGGCUGCUGCCUGGGGGAUUUCCCCAACCCCAUCUUCCCGACCUGGCUGAGCUGCCCAGGAUUCUGGCUGACUCACUGCCCAUCGCACUGGUUACUUUUGCUGUGUCCGCCUCCCUGGCCUCCAUCUAUGCAGACAAGUAUAGCUACACUGUUGACUCCAACCAGGAGCUCUUGGCACAUGGUAUCUCCAACCUCAUCUCCUCCCUCUUCUCCUGCUUUCCCAACUCUGCCACUUUGGCCACCACCAGCCUACUAGUGGAUGCUGGUGGGAACACACAGCUGGCAGGUCUCUUCUCCUGCAUAGUUGUCCUGUCAGUGCUGCUCUGGCUGGGGCCCUUCUUCUACUAUCUGCCCAAGGCUGUCCUGGCUUGCAUCAACAUCUCCAGCAUGCGCCAGAUGUUCUUCCAGAUGCAGGAACUUCCACAACUAUGGCGCAUCAGCCGCAUGGACUUUGCUGUAUGGAUGGUCACGUGGGUGGCCGUAGUGAUCCUGAGUGUGGACUUGGGCCUGGCUGUGGGCGUGAUCUUCUCCAUGAUGACUGUGGUCUGCCGCACCCAGAGGGUGCAGUGCCUGGCACUUGGACUUGCUGAGGGGACGGAGCUCUACAGGCCACUCGAAGAGAGCCACAAGCUCCUCAAGGUCCCGGGGCUCUGCAUCCUGAGAUACCCAACACCGCUCUACUUUGGGACCCGCGGGCAGUUCCGCCGCAUCCUGGAGUGGCACUUGGGGCUUGGAGAAGGACGCAAGGAGACUCCCAAGCUAGAUGGCCCACCUGAUGCAGUUGCUGAGCCUGUCAGAGUGGUGGUCCUAGACUGCAGUGGUAUCACCUUUGCAGAUGCUGCUGGAGCCAGAGAGGUGGUACAGCUAGCCAGGCGAUGCCGAGAUGCUGGGAUCCACCUUCUCCUGGCUCAGUGUAAUGCCUCAGUGCUGGGGACACUGACCCAGGCAGGACUCUUGGACAGAGUGACCCCAGAGCAGCUGUUUGUGAGUGUCCAGGACGCAGCUGCUCAUGCCCUGGAGAGACUGGAGCCUACAGGUCCAAAGACAUGCACAGUGUGGGUCUGACCCGGUCAUUUGGAGUGUGGAGGGUCCC